AACACCCUCAGACUGUAUAACACUGCGUUGAAUUCGAAGCUGCGGACUAGGGAUGGAGAGCGAGCAAACCUGCCGUCUCUGCACGCGAGAUGUGAGCGAGUCUGCAGCGGCCAUCCACCUGUACAGCCCCGACAGCGUGGAGCGCGGGGUGGCCGACAGAAUGGCGGAUCUCCUGGAGGUGCCUCUCGAGAAGACGGAUGGACUCGGCUCCUACAUCUGCGAGCUCUGCAACGCGAGAUUCAAACAUCUCGUCCGCUCCCUGGAGGUUCACCGCCUGAACGCCAAGAAGAACUAUGAGAAACAGGCCAAGAAGGCUGGGAUUUACGUUGAGACUCUUGAAGAUAUGAUCGAAGAGAGUCUCACCAAACCAGUAGUCGAAGAUGCUAAGGACCCAAAUAAAGACCCGUUGGUUCAGGCUGCCGAUAUGACUGGAAUGGAUCUGGGAUCUCUUCUGAGUGACUUGGUGGCUGCCAAGAAGAGAAUGAGGGAGAAAAAAGGAGGUGCGACUGAUAAGAAGGUGGUGACAGAGGACAUUAAGGAUCUGAUGAACCUGCUGUCCGGGAUCAGGAAAAGAAGAUGUGUUUGUUUUUGGCACUUUUCUCAGCAUUCCUGAAUCUCGACUCAAAGACAUUGAGCAAAACUACUCAGAUAACCAUCAGAGAUAUCUUACUGAGGUGGUAAUGGCGUGGAUAAACGCCUGUCCAGAGAGCUCUACCUGGUCCACUCUAGUGGAGGCUCUCAAUGAAGUGGGUCAUAGGAAAACUGCACAAGAAGUGGCUGAAAGAAGAGGGAUUGUACUGCCUGGUGUAUGGGAGGACAGUCAGCUCUGGGGUGCUCUGAAAGCUCUCAUCCCAAUUAAUGAAGGAGGUGAUCUGGUAACACUGCUGGAAGAGACGGAGAAACUAAGGGUUGACGUCAAAACCAAAGAUGCUCUCCUUGUCGAGAGCGAGGAUCGGCUGGAAGAGGUCAACUCUCAAAAGGAUGAAUUUGAAAAGCAGUACAACGAUGCUAUCCAAGAAUUGGAGGAAAAGAAGCAGUUGCUGGAGGAAGAGAAGCAAAAGGCCCAGAAAACACUGCGAGAGAAAGAAGCAGAACUGAGAAAGUUGAGGGCCGAGCGAGCAACCAAGGAAGAGAUUGAGACCAAAGAAAUCGAGAUCAUGUAUCUCAAGAAGAAAGUUCAGCAGCACCAGAUCACGGAGAAGGAGCUCAUGACAAAAUUGUCGAUCUCCAAGGGAAACUGGAGGCGACCGACAUUGGGAAGCUGGACUGGAUUGCCAGCAACCUGGAGAAACAACUAG